ACUGGUUUACACGCCAGCGUUUUAUUUUCCCUCCACCACCGUCUCGCCGUGCCGGACUCUCAAAUCACCUAACAUCACAGGACGUCCCUGGCCAUUCUGACGUUAAGAAGACUCGAUGAGCGACCAGCUUGAGGAGACGCGUCCCUGGAUACCUGCACUUCAGCUGGCUCUUAACAGAGGCGCCGACAGCUGCCGUUUCUCGGUGCAGUAAGCCAGAGUGAUCGAUUUGUACGAACGGAACGAAGUGGAUGUAUGCCAGUGUAUUGGAAUUUCUCAGUGUGUUUGGAGCUUAUACGACAUUAGGCGCGCACGACGACCAGUGCGUUCGUAGUAUACUCGUUUUAAUCGAGAAUGGUGUCGUAGGUAAUGUCACGUUAGGUUUGUACGACAUCAAGUGUGCGCAUAGGGUAUUAAUUUUAAUCGAGAUAUUGCGUCAUGCGACAUAAGGUUCGUACAACUACCAGUGUGUUCACAGUAUACCCGCUUUAAUCUCAGUGGUGUUCUCGAUAAUGCGAUAUUAGGUUCGUACGACAACCAGUGUGUUCAUGGUAUACUCAUUUUAAUUGGAACCUCGUUGGACCAUGCGACAUCAGGUUUGUACGACAAUUGGUAAGUUCACAGAAUAGUUCAUAGUGUACUUAUUUCAAUCUCAGUCGUGUCUGGAUCAUACGACAUUAGGUUCGUACGGCAACCAGUGUGUUCACAGUAUAUUCGUUUUAAUCUGAACGCCGUUGGGUCUGCGACAUCAGUGUGUUCACAGUAUAGUUCAAAGUGUACUCAUUUCGAUCUCGGUGGUGUCUGGACCAUACGACAUCAGGUUCGUACGACAACCAGUGUGUUGACAGUAUAGUUGAUGUUAAUCUGGAUGUUGCAUUAUUACACGGUGGCAGUGCUCAAUUGCCAUGACGAUUGUACAUUUGAAACCAGUUCUUGUUGUUGUUGGGCUCCUCCUGGGUGAGGCGGUCUCGAUGUACAGGAAAACUACAGACAAUGGAACUGACAGUGUUCUCCAUACGCAGUUAGUCUUCUUCCCAAUGAUAUGGGAGGGAGUUAUCGAGGCUGGGGAGCGUGCGCUGCGACAGGAGCGGAACAACGUGACGUCAAACAGCACGUGCGAGCAGCACCUCGCCAUCUAUGCAGAAGGUUUGGCGCAAAGGGCCACCUGGGCAGUAACAAUGUACGACUCAACCGGUAAACAAGGACCCGGAUUACUAGACGGUUGGGUCACGUGGCACGGAAAUUUCUACCGGUGUAUAAAGCUGAAGCACCAACUUCCAGAAACAGACGGUACACCGGAAAGCGAAUAUCUGUACGGGAGAUACUGUUCUGCCAUGUUCGAGGUGCCGGUUUGGCUGAUCAAAUUCAUGAAAGAAAAGGAUCUCCCGUUCAAUGUGCCGCUACCGUCGAUGACGGUGGAUCUGUGUGUUCCGUCUGGAUGCGUCGAGGAAGACCUUGAGACGGUCAUCAAGGCCUACCUUGAAGAGAAAAGCACAGGGGCGGUCCACACUUUGUAUGACGUCACGUGUCACAAGAAUAUCUACAUCGCCGACGACACUGCCGCUGUUAUUUCACUGUCUAUUUUAAUUUCAAUCUUUGUGUGCGUCAUCAUCGGAUCCGUCAUCGACGUGUUCCUCGUACUGCACACGCACGACGUGCAGGAGACUUCCGUCCAGACGAUAGGAGUUCGGGAUCGGGCGGGUAGCCUCCUGUCUCGGGCUGGCAGCAUCUUCUCCAGACAGGGCAGCAUCUUCUCCAGACAGGGCAGCACACUGUCCAGACAGGGCAGCAUAUUAUCCAGACAGAGCAGCAUAUUCUCCGGGCAGGGCGGCAACAGGUCGAAGAUAUUCCGGCGACGCGGCCACCUGCCGUCCUGUACCAGGGAGACCAUCAUCCCCACCGUGGAGGUGGGCUCUCAGGAAAACAUCAUCCAGUCCGGGGACGGCGAUAUCAACAUGUCGACAUCGCCCACGUCGACGACCUUCCAAGACGACGUUUUGUCGUACAUCAUCAGUCACGAUGCUCCGGCGGCGACGGCAGCGAAGUCGAACGAGAAUGACAUCACUCGGGUUGCCGGGCAACGGAACGAUUCGGUUUCUCCGAAGAUUCUCGACGAAGCCGAAGCUAAAGCGAUAGUGAUGAGGUUGAAAGAAGCUAGUGCGUCGCCGCCAAGGAGGAAUUAUCUCAAAGAAGAGCACGCGCAUGGGCACCAGACGUCGCUGGAGCCAAUCAACGAGCUGCACAAUCUGUGCAGCACGCCUCCCUCUGAACCAGGGCCGGAACAGGAAACUCCAGUUACACGGAGUGUAGGUCAUACCAUCUUUGAAAUCUUUCUGUGUUUUUCCUUUCAACGAAACCUGAAGCGAGUCUUGGGAGAAGGCAGCGCCAACUACCUGUUCUGUCUGAACGGAGUGCGCGUGCUCAGUAUCACGUGGAUCGUGAUGGGCAACACGGUCAGCUUCCUGUACAAGGCCCCGGAUGUUGUAGCAAACAUCGUCGUCAUGGUUGCCGCCUGCCAAUCAUUCGUGAUGCAAGCUAUCAUCAACGCCACCUUCGCGGCUGACACUUUCUUUGUUCUCAGCGGCACGCUACUCGCCUACAACUGGAUGAUUGAAGACCAGAAGGAGAAACUAAAACGCGGAAAGGCGAGAAUGACGAUAAAAUCUCUCCUUAUUCUUUACUUCCAUCGAUUUAUCAGGAUAGCUCCGUGUUACUAUAUCCUGAUACUGACGUUCACAAAUCUGCUUCCCUAUUUCGGAAAAGGACCUCGGUGGAAGUACGUCAGUGACACGAUCCACCAGUGUAAGGACCACUGGUGGGCCAACGCCCUCUUCAUCAGCAAUUUCUACAAGGCAGGCGACAUGUGCAUGUCAUGGACAUAUUACUUGGUAAACGACUUUCAGUUCUACCUCAUUUCACCAAUAAUUCUCAUUCCACUCGCCAAGUAUCCACCCAUAGGCUACAUUCUGUUAUUGCUACUUGUCGCUAUCCAGAUAGUAUCCACCAGUGUUUUAAACGACGACAUCAAUGGCAACAUUCUCAGGAUGGGAGGAGGGUAUUUUGCCAACGUCUAUGCAAAGCCUUAUUGCCGGGUAGGGGUGUUUGCUAUUGGCAUCGCCUUAGGAUACGCCCUCUUCAAGGCAGGGCGGAGAGUUUACUUCAGAAAGACUCCCCUGCUGUUUGGUUGGUGCGUGUCUCUGAUGACGUUGUCGCUGGUGGUGUUCAUCACGUACAGUGAGAACCGCGUGGACGGUGUACACUGGACGUCGUCGCAGUCGGCGAUGUACGAGGCGUUGUCUCGUCCCGCCUGGGCGCUGGCCGUGUCGUGGAUUAUCUUCUGUUGCUGCAUCGGACAAGGAGGUUUCAUAGAGACGUUUCUGUCGUGGAACUUCUUCCUGCCUCUGUGUAGGAUUACAUAUGGGAUCUACCUGAUUCACCCCCUCAUCAUCGUCGUCAUCGUGGACUCGUCCGAACAUCUCAUACAUAUCGGAUCUGGAAGCGUGGUGUCACUGUUCAUUUACGUGUUGGUGUCGUCGAUCGCCUCAGCUCUCGUUCUUAUCACGUUCGUCGAGGGGCCUUUCAUCAAACUCGAGAAAGUCAUUCGCUCCCUGGUGCCGCGAUAACACCCCCAAUUCCGCCCCUCGUAGAACCCAGGGGCGGAUACCUGAAUGUUUGCUUAGCAACACCUCAGCACAUUGUAAGGUGCGGUACUUAGACCCUUGGAAUUCACGUCAUCUUUCGGCGGCAAUUUAUACAAGUAAUAAUGUAAAUACCCGAUAAUAAAACAAAAAUGUCGUUGCA